GCCCCCCUGGGAGGGAGUGAAGUUCUAUUUUCCCUGGUGCUGGCCAUAAAUACAGGAGCCCCUGGCUAGCUCGCAUAACACCCUUUGGAGAUCUGUCAGUCAUACAAUGCAGUGAGAGCCUUGCUCUUUCUUUCUUGGACCAUCCUUAGUUCAUUCACUUCCCCUGCAUGCCAUCUGGGAACACCUGUUGUAUUCUAGAGAAAGAGAAACAACAGAAGAAAGAAAACUCUACAAAACAAAUCAAGGUAGUCAAUUCACUCAUCCUGCACUUUUUCCCCUCCCUCCCUCUUUUUCUUUCUGAUUCGUUCUUUGUUUUUUUUUAUAAUGUUUUCAUUUAUUUUGUCUCUAUACAGUGUUAUGCUUGUCUCCUAUUUUAUUAAAUAAUACUCAUUCUUUUUUUUUUUUUUUCCAAGACUAUCUUUAAUAUUUUUUCAGCAGCAUUUGCUUAGAAGUAUCACUAAAUGCAGGUAAUAUAAAAAGGGUGUUUGUAACAAUUUUAGGCAGCAUAUUACAUGUGCACGGAAGGUGUACAUGUGAUUCAAAAAUACUUUUUUGUCUUUGAAAUGGAUUUUCUAUUCUGCUCCUAGUCACGCUUCAAGCAGUAGGAAUGAUGUCAGCCUUUCCUGUUCACAGAUAACAUAUGCAGGGUUAUUCAUUAUACCAUUUGGCUAUUUUGAUCUCCAAUUUUAAAUUCACUUUGAAUAAACCUGAUAAUGUUUUUGUUGAAACUUAGGGUCAAAAAUGUAGGAGAACCUCAGUUAAACAGAGUUUAAAAUUAAUACAUUCUGCUAUCUUUUGGGUAAAAAAUGCUUAGUGCACCCAAUAUUUAACAUCUUUGUGCUAAUCCCUCGAGUUUGACUUAUAUCUAACCAUAUAUAACGCCUGACUUAUAUCCCUAUUCAUAUCAAUAGGGAACUUAACUUUGGGGAAAGUUGCCACAUUCACGUUAACCCCCAAAUUGAGGUUCUUGACUAAUCUGAGAAUGCACAUUUUACGAGGCUCAUUGCUGCUGGGUAAUCCAGCUGAAUUUAAAACGUAAACUACCACAAAUUGGUCUCAAUAAUUAUUUUGUGACGAUUCUCAGAUUUGUACCAAAAAUUAUUAUAAUGCUACUGACCAAACACUAGAUUGUAAUGUAGCAAAAUUCAAAUUGCAAAUUUUGACCAACACACUGAGAUGGAAAAAACAUUUAGCUAUUUAGCUACAGUCACAGUUUGGCUAUUUGAGCCUAAACUAACCGAGAGUUAAAAACAAAGUUUAUUUACUAAACAUGGGAUUUUGGGGAGAACAGGAAUGCUGUGGAUGUAUCCAAAUUGUUCUUAAUUAUAGAACAAAUGUGACCAAUGCCUCUGCUUACAAGAAAUUCAUUAUAAUUGUUUUAUUUUUAUUUUAAUAUUUAAUGAAUUUGUUUCUUUAAUAACCUAUUACCGCUUGUUGCUUCAACUUAUUGCCAUAACAAAAAUAUGAAGGUUUUAGCUGCAGUUUUUGACACAGACUUCAUAAAGCAGUGAUAGCAUACCAUGGUUCAUGUUUUAGAUUAUUUUGUACAAAAUAACUUUAGAUUUCUGUCUAAUCUGUGUUUAAAUCACCAUAAAUGUUUGAAAAAUAUUUUAUUACUGUAUAAAUAUAAAGCAAAUUAACUUUGGUUCACUAGUUAUUUUAGCAGACGACGAGUUUAGGCAAGAAUUUUGCAAGAUGCAAAGUAUAAAUAUAUUUGGACAGUUAUAGAUUAAAGGCCAUGAGGUUUCAAUAUAUUGAGUCACCUGCAUUUUCAGUCAUUAUUAUUAUUAUUGGUAUUUAUAUAGUGCCAACAAUAUUAUAAAAUGAGAAAAUUGAACAAUAAUAUUUUACAAUAUUAUAACAUGGGGAAAUUUAACAAUAAAUGAGGUAAUUACAACAUGUUACAGGAGCAAUAGAUUGGAGGACCCUGCUCAAAUGAGCUUACAGUCAAGAGGUGGGGUAUACAAAUACAACAGAACAUCAAAGGAACAGCAAGCAACCAAGGUAGGAAAGUAGCAGAACUGGAGGUGAAAGUGGAGUGUGACCCUUUAGAAGAGAGCAAGAGACAGAUUUGUGACAUAGAAGUUACUCUGGGAUGCCAAAUGCUUUUCUGAAGAGAUGAGUUUUGAGGGACUUCUGAAAUGAUUGAAGACAAGGUUAGAGUCUGAUGGGGGUAUGCAGGCUGUUCUACAGGAAGGGAGACAGCCGUAAGAAGUCCUGCAAGAGCCAAAUAGCAGUAUGGGUGCAAGCAGCGGACAGGAGAAGGUCAACGGUAGAGCAGAGAGACCGAGAAGAGGCAUACCUUAAAUCAGUGAAGAAAUAGCUAAAGUUGUUUAGAGCUUUAUAGGUAAGGGUUAGUAUUUUGAAUUGACUCCUAUGGGAUACAGGAAGCCAACUUAAGGAUCAGCAGAGGGGUGAGGUGUGAGAGGAACUAAAAAGGAGAGAAAGAGCAGCCUGGCAGCAGCAUUCCUCACAGACUGUAGCGAGGCAAUACGGCUUCUGGGGAGGCCAAUUAAUAGGGAAUUACAGUAAUCAAUGCAAAAAAAUACUAGAGCAUGCGCAAGCUCCUCGGCAGCAUUUUGUGUAAGAAAGAGGCAGAUGUAGGCAAUGUUUUUGAGGUGGAAUCAAUAGGUUUUAGCAACACACUUGAGAUGAGUCACAAAGGUGAGGCCAGAAUCACACCAAGAUAACACCAAGACGGCAAGCUUGCACAGAUGGGCUGAUGCAGGUCAUCAACUUGCAGGGAGAAGAGGAUCAGCAUUACGAGGAGGAAAAUUAACUAGCUCCAUUUUAAAGAGAUUGAAUUUCAGAAAGCGGGAGGAGUAAUAGGUGGUUAUAGAAUAUUAAAGACUUUUUUUAUGUAUAGAGUUUUCUUAUGUCAAGUAUGUGUGUUUAUCAUAUAAAUAGCCUGUUCACUCUAGAACCUAAGCAAAAAAAAAAUAAAAAGUUACCUAAUCACUAUCCCAAAUCCCUUUGCACAUUUAAAUAACAGGAGGUUUUAAGUACAGCUUCAAUGGCUAUUAAAGUGAAAGCUCACGUGCCCAUCAAGGCAAAAUCUCUUAGGUGAGUCCUACAUUAACAAUUCACCUUGUUGCUUUCACUGAAAAGUAAGAAUCUUCAAUGAGACAGAUAAGGGUAUUUUUCAUGUACCCUUACACACUUAUUAACCCUUAGUAGGGUACACAUGGGGUGGGCGGCAUCACUGUAACAUCGCUGUGCAAUACAGGAUCUAGGUGGAUCUGGGUUCUAAUGUAAUUAAAUGACGUGUUCACACUAACAAAAUAAUAAUACUAAUAAUAGGGCAUUUUAGGAUGUUAGAUUUAAGUUAUAAACACACUGGGCUGAAAACUACUUCUAUGAUUCAUUUUAUUUCUAUUUUCUCCAGUUAUAUAGUUAAUUUAUCUUAAUUUAUCUUGUUUUGUCUUAUUUUUGGUUGCAGAAAAAAACGUGUUCAUAUUUAUAAAAUGUCAAUAUUUUCUAAAAUGUAAUACAUGUUUAUGUAACUGUGUUUUCAGAUGCACAAGUGUACAAGUCUCGUGUUGGUGUCUGUAAUCCUGUGUGCCACCAUCUCACACACCUUUGGACAUGUUUUAACAGUAAGUAUUUACUAUAAAUAUCAGUCUAGUGUUUAAUUCCUUUCAUGUGCCAUGUUUUGCAAACUUUUUUUCAGUUCAUAAUUCCAAAAGGGGUAAUAAAAAUACUACCUAAAAAUACAACCCAAUAGAGGUCUGAAAUAAUUUGCAGAUCAACAAUACUCCACUCCAUGACCAACCCAAGAUCUUUCCAGGUUCUAGAACUUACAAUUCUAAUUCCAAAUGAGAUCAUAAAAAAACUGCCUAAAAAUACAACCCAGUAGACAUCUGAAGUAAUUUGUAGAUCAACAAUACUCCACUGAAUGACCAACCCAAGGUCUGUCCGUGUUAUAGAACCUACAAUUCUAAUUCCAAAGGAGGUCAUACAAAUACUGCCUUAAAAUACAACCCAGUAGUGGUUGGAGCUACUUUACUCCAUUGUGUGACCAAGCCAUGGUCUUUCCAGGUUCUAAAACUUACAAUUCAGUUCACCCUAAGCAGUCACCACAUCCCAAGGCUAUCUACAUAAGGCUGUCAUCUAUUCUGAUAAAUCACAUGUUCACUAAAUGCAAAUCAGUUGCACAUGGCAGUAAAAAUGUAUAUUGGGAAAAUAAAAGUAUCUUGGUUAUUCAAUGCAGAGCUCUCAAGUCACAAAGUUCCAGUGUCCUGACCUGAAGGAUUUACAGCUAAAAAAAAAUAUCUACUAGCAGGAUUCAGCUUCCUGCAGAUCAAUGGUAAAAAAGCCCUGUACCGGUCACCCUGAUUUAGUUGGAAUAUGAUGGGGUAGGGCAUAUGCAAAUUUUUAGCAACAACUGUCCUCUCUUUCACACUUUAUCAAGAAACAAUAAUUGCCAGUCUGUUAGAGUUAAAAGUACUAUAAUGUUCAGAUCAAGAUGGAGUUGGCUAAUUUUGCCAUGCUGACUUGACUUGUACUGGUGUGUUUUAUCGCAAUUGGCUAUUAUUAAAUAGAGUCUUGUUCCAUCUUUAUCAAGCUGCUAGCCACACUAAAAACUGUUAAUUGCCUAAUAACGUUUCACUCAUGUCAACAUAACUUUUGACUUGUGGGAUCUCUAGUAGUUUAUACUUUAUGGCUUUCCUUUAGCAGAGACUUUGAUUUAUCAAAGCAAAAAUAUUCCUGGGGCGAAUAGCUGGUUAAGUAGCAAUCGCCAUGGAAACCAAUAGAUUAUGUCGUAGCAUUUGGCAUUUUGAACCCAAAAUAGCAACUGUCUUGCCUUGAUGAAUCUCCCUCCAAAUAUGAUGUGAAAAUGAAAUGCGAAAUCUAUAAAAAUGUUUAAAUUAUUAAAUUGCUUAAUUAUACACAAAAAUCCAUUAAAUAGCUGUUGAGUUUUAUUAUUUUUGUCAAAGAGCAAAAAAUUUGAAAACUCAUUCAGGAUCGGGCAUCGUGUUUAUCUUGUUUGUUUCUUGUGAAUUUUACAUUCCGAAGAGUUUAUUAGCGAUCAGUAUGUGAAAGCCAGCAAGGCUUCAUAGAGAUAAAGUGAAUCACAUUACACAAUUAUACGUAAUGUUGUUAUAGUAUAAUAAUCAUUAAUCAUAAUGUUUCUGCUUUAUAUCUGGUGCAAAUCAGGUGCAAAAUAUAGCUGAACUAAAUCGGAUUCAUCUGUCUUUAUGCAUUUCUUGUUCUCAUUUUGUAGCUGGUUAAUUUAAUAACUUGAGGUGUACAGUUAUUUUCACAAAUCAAAUCAGCUGCGUAUUUUUUUAAUGCACUCAAAUCAUUUAGCAACAUUUCCACAAAAUGACAAAUCUCAGUGUUUCUUUUUUACUUAAAUAAUUCAAGAUGUUAUCAGCAGAUUCAUUUAUCACCGUCUAAACAGAAUUAUUGCAAAACCCUAUGGACAAUGAUGAGGUCUUAAUGACCCCAUCAUAAUAUACACCCUGAGAUCCUGUCUCUGGUGCUCUAGUGUGAGUAAGUAGGGAAAUCUUCUUAUCUUUACACCUUUCAAAGAUGACCUGUAGAAAUUGACACGGGUACCAGGCAUGAUCCCCUUCAUUCUUUAAACAGAACAUGUGGAAGAUGAAAAUAAAAUACUGAAUGCCCCCAGGACCAGAUUUCCCUAUAAGGUCACCAAGGCCAUGGCAUAGGGGUGGCAGGCACAAGAGGGGUGGCAUGGCUGGUGAGGAGAUCAAAGAUCUCCCUCACCGGCUAGCCCAUGCUCAUGCUGAGUUGUGGCUGUGUGUGCAGCAUCCAGCCUGCUCGAGAAGGAGACUACAGACCUGCCUUUUCUCCUUCCGGGCUGCUGAGCCUUUGUACUGAUCUGAGGAGAGUGGGUGGGCCUAUGACAUCACUGUCAAUAAAAAAAAAUCAAUCCUUCUCACCUUCUCAUUCCAGCUAGUGGCCAAUGCCAGCCCCCUGCCUUGCCUUGCCCAACCCAUGGGCCAGCCACCUGUGCCCACCAAAGUCUAUGUGUGUGUGCGUCUGCAUGGGUCAAUGUGUGUCUGAAUGUGUCAGUGUGUGCGUGUCUGCAUGGAUCAAUAUAUGUCUGCAUGGGCCAGUGUGUGGCUACAUGGGACAGUGUGUGUGUGUCUGUAUGGGUUAGUGUGAGUGUGUCUGCAUGGGUUGGUGUGUGUCUGCAUGGAUCAAUGUGUGAUAUAGAUAUAAAUGCAACCAAGGCAAUAUAGAGGAUACAGCUGUUAAUCUACAAAAACAUAAAGACAUAUAAUAGUGCAACAUUGUUUAAAAAUGGUUAAUGUGGUCUUAUUGGGUUACACUCACAGAUGUAAAUUCUGCUUUAUUUAAUAUAAAAAGAAUAAAACAAGAAGAUACAAAAUAUGUAUAUUUAUAUUAUAGGUCCUUUUAUUGGAGCGCAAUAAGCGCACAUUAACAUGUGCAUGCGUACAUCUUCACAGCAAAUAAUAGCAGGAGAGGGCAAGAAAAUUUAUACCUGGGGCCAAAUAUAAACAAAUGGCCUUUUGUGUAUUAAACUGACAAGUAUUAGUGUGGAUGGUCCUUCUUACGUGGUGGAUGCUGCUGGUUUUGCAAGGUGUCUAUCCUUCAUCUGUAUGACAGAGCAUUCAAAGAGGUCCAUGCAUGCCUAAGAGACACAGAAUCUAUUUCCUGCCAGCUUCAAUGACACCUGCGUGUAAUGAAUGUCAUGAUUAAUGUCUCAUAUCACAGUGGGGUCUAUGGUAAACACUUACAUCAUACACACUGAUUAUGUCCUGUAGGCCUGGGCAGCCCAGAAACCCAAGUACAACAACACAAUAUCUCCAUGAGCAGGUCCAAGUCGGGAGAGCAUUUAGAGUACAGUGAACCAGGCCAUUCACAAACCUACAAAUUGCCAACUUUGCAAGCACCCUGCACAAUUACGAUCUGCCAAGGCACUCAUGCAAUACUGUGCACAAACAUCCCAACACAACUCCCACUAUUUGAAUUUUCCCAUUACCCCAUUUUCCAGCCUUCCUAUGAACAAUGGUAUGUUGCAAACUUCAACUUGGACAUUUAUCAAUUAAUUUUUGUUCUGCACAUGUAUACAUACUGUGUGCAUAUCCAUUCUAACAGAAUGUAAGGUAUAAUGUUCAAGAAACACAAUCCACUUGCUGCUUGAAAUCGAUUUUCUGUCUAUGUUGAUUGAUUCAAAGCUUUCCUAAGAGGGACACUAUAGUGUUAGGAAUACAGUUUUAUAUUCCUAACGCUAUAGGAAUAAAAAAUACAUUACAAACUACGGGAGACAGUAAAACAUUUGGUAGAUGCUAUAAACCAGUCACUAAUAGUUAAGUUUGGUAACAUGGAAACAGCCGGUAGUUGCUGAUGUUAACAAAUACCAUUUUAGCAACUAUUAUUAUUUUUUCAGUCGCGGAUUGCGACAAGCAUAAAGAAAGUGUAUAAACCCCCGAUAAUGUAAAUUGGCUUCUCAUCUCGCAGCAGCACAAUGAAUAAAGAAAAAAAAAAGAGAAAAUAUGCUAUAGUAAGUGUCUAGAAUGCAUGAUUUGAUCCAGGCUCCCAGUGAAUGGGAUUAUAAAAGGAACUGAACCUUAUGUCAGUGUGACUCUGGCACAAAAUUUCCCUUAUUAAAAAGGGUGAAGUUUAAGGUGGACAGUGAACAGUAAAGAACAGCUACUACCUCUCCAAUAUAAAGAUGGAUUUUGAAAAGAUGAGAGCUGCACUGGAGGAGUUUUAAAUAAUGUUUUGCAAUUAUAAUCAUAAUUGUGAGCUAUAUAGACAUGGUUCAUAGCAGCCAAAAAAAGUAUGUUACAAAGGAUUUCUCUCUUGCAGCCUUCUUGAUUUUAUUACAUCUAAAUCUCAAUGCUGACAAUCUUGGUCCAAUCUAAUGGUUAUCAUACAGAAUCGCAACACUCAGCCAACCAGAUGCUUCUCAUAGAGAAACAUUGAGGACUUAUGGCGAAUGCAUGAUAUUCGCAGGCUCGGCCAAUCACCUGGGGUUCCCUGGGUGCUGCACCACUAAUAUCAAUGGGUGACUGGAAGCUACUAAUAUCUAUAGGGAGAGGUAUUAGCAGUAGUAAGAGGGAAGUGCUCAUGCCAUUGUACAGAACACUGGUGAGACCUCAUUUGGAGUAUUGUACGCAGUACUGGAGGCCGUAUCUUCAGAAGGAUAUUGAUACUUUCAGAGAAGGGCUACUAAACUGGUUCAUGGAUUGCAGGAUAAAACUUACCAGGAAAGGUUAAAGGAACUGAACAAGUAUAGCUUGGAGGAAAGACGAGACGGGGUAUAUGAUAGAAACAGGAGGAGACUAUAUUUAAAAGAAGAAAAACUACCACAACAAGAGGACAUAGUCUUAGAUUAGAUGGGCAAAGGUUUAAAAAUAAUAUCAGGAAGUAUUAUCCUAACUAUAAGAUAAAGCCAGGUACUAAUGAAAGUAUUUAGAAAAUUUGUCAGAGUAGAUGGGCUGAAUGGUUCUCAUCUGCCAUCACAUUCUAUAUUUCUAUGUUUCUCUCUGCUCUCUGUCUGAGAGUGAUUAACUGAUUCUCAGAAGAGCUAAAGGAAGAUCCUGCUUAGGAGCUUCUGGUUCUCCGCCAUCAAUAGUGGAGAUGGGGUGCGGGGCCCAGCCUGUCACCAUUGUGAGCUGUAGUGGUUAUGGUACUUGGAGUGUUCCUUUUAGUAUUCUCUAAUUUUUAGGUAUUUGCAGGAGAUUUUUAUGAUAAGUGUGAUAUAGAUAGCAUGUUACAUAUCAAUAAAAUAAGUAAACAGUUACACACAAUAGCAGUUAUAAAUAUUCUGAUCUUUUUUUUUUCAUAUGUUUAAAAACUGGUGAAAACUAUCUCUUUUCUAUAAGAGAAGAUUGCUUGACCCACUUGCUAUGACUGUUACAGUUGUAUUUUAUAACAAGAGGCUUAUAUUUUAUUAAGAGAAGCCUUGCUGUAUUUUUCACAUUAAGUGCUUAUUACUGUUAGAAUGUAACAGUUUUUACAAUGGUCUUUUGUUAUUCAUACUUCAUGGAAAUAUAAUCACAGUGAGCUUUCUUCAAAUGUAAACCUUAUUUUUCUUUCUGUAGGGAAAAGAAAAACGUGGCUGGACACUGAAUAGUGCAGGUUACCUCCUAGGACCACGUAAGUCACAUCACCUGUGAGAUUUUAAGAACCUUUAGAGUACAAACAGUCACAUUUUGAUCCCCAGCUAUUGCAGAACUACAACUGCCGUGGUGCUUUGCCAGACUUGAGAAUGACAAAGCAUCAUGUUGUAUUUUCUGCAACAUGUAGAGAUUUGGCUUCGCCCCAUUUGUCUUAGAGUAAUUGGUAGAUGGAAUGGGGUUUAUGUGCUUAAAAUAUUAGAAUAUAAUUACUGUAAAGCUCUAUAAACUUCGGCAAUGAUAAACAAUACUGGAUGACAGGUGAUUCAACAUUGCAUUUCAUACUCCAUGAUCCCCAUCCCAUUUCUUCAUAAAAUAGUUUACAAAAGCAGGUGGUUCUGCAUUGUUUUUGCUUUUCUUCUUUGUCUAUCGCCUUAUGUGGGAUUGCCACAUUUAAGAAUAUCGAAUUAAGUUGCUUUCUACUAAACACAUUCACACACACAAACACACACACAAUCAUGUACAUAUAAGCACACACAAGAUACACACACAAAUAACCACAAACAUACACACAUACUCAUAGACACACACAUAUAAUCACAUACACACGCAUUUAAUCACGUACAUUCCCAAAUAAAUAAUCAGGCAUACACACACAUAAUCACAGACAUACACAGACCCAUUAUCACAGAUUAAGAAACAGAGCAUAGACAAAAAAAUACAGCUUUAAAUUUUACAAGGCUACUUGAAAUCAUAUAUAUUAGCAAAUAAAUAUGGGGAUUUAGUUCCACUAUAUGGUCACAUUGUGUUACGCCCACCACUCUGUCACAGUACCUCAAUAUCGAUGGGUCUAACACUGGGCCCCCUAGUUGGGACAGUCACGUCAGCAGGUUCCAGGUGGGACAUCUGAGAUCGCUGUCCAGAAGACUGCAGUUCUAGGACAAGCUAAACUACUUUGCAAAACCCCCAGACUCCCAGGCUUCUGGUAGAGGACCAGAGAAUGAGGAACACCAGAGAAAGAGGAAUACACAAAAAUACCAAAGUAAUUUAUUUAUUUACUUAUACAUAGACCAUGCAGAGAUUCAUCCCUAAAAAAAAAACUUAAAGGGCAUCUCAUAGCUGGCAUAUCUAGUUAAAGGUAAAUAGCUGACAAAGCGGUUUGAAUUGAUAUAUUUUUAGGACUUUGUAAAUUAAAGGUGUACUCUAAGUGUCAAAACCACUAUUGUACGCUGUAAUGGUUGUGGUGCUAAGUGCCCUGAUAUCCUCCCAUGAUUAUUAAACUACCUGCAAACAGUUUGACAAGUUUCCCAGGGUAUGCUGAGAGCUGGUCACCUUCUCCAGGAGAGCUGGAAACUCUCUACUCUGAGCAAGAGCUUCCUUGAGCCUGUGACCAGAGGUAAAUAAUAAUAAUUAUUUACCCAAGGUAAAUAAUAUUCAACUAAAAUUAAUAAUAAAAUGAAAUGUCAACUCUUUGCAUCACUGUAGAAAAAAAAAAAAAAACUCUAUCAAAUAGAAAACUCAACCAAAGGUGUAUAAUACCUCUAUCAUGUCUGCUAAACAUCUUUCGAAAUAAAUGUCCCAAACCUUAUGAUUCAACCAAUCCUGUACAUAAAAUAUUGUUUUACUACUAGGUUCACAGGGCCAGUGAUGAGGCAUGCAUGCUCUUUUGUACCAGUAGUGACAUUCUGUUGUAAGAUUGUGAAUAUUUUUUGUGCAGGUAUCUUAUAUGUUAAUGUCCUUCAUCAAUCAUCUUUUUUUCCCAUCAAACAUCUCUUUUUUCGGCACCACAGAUGGCAUUCCGAAUCAUGAAUCAAAAUGAAACUGUUCAUCCAUUGUGCAUUUCGUCUGUCUUGUGAUUCGGUCAUGGCGAUUUAAAGUUGCUGAGUUCAGAUGAUUCGCAGAUUGCCCAAAAUUCGAAUGAAUUACAAUCUGUUUAAAACCGAAUGCACAAGUCUUUUGUAAAAAAUAUAUAAUUUUAGAGUACAAUAGCUAUUCAAAAGUAUUGUUGAGAACUUAAAACCGUAGCAGGCAAGCCAAAUAUUUUAUGUUGGUAGGUCAAAGACAAAAAGACAAUAUAGGAACCUAGACAAGGUACUGUUUGUAUUGUCUUUUAAUCCAAAUUAUAAAAAAAUUUGACGGGUAGUUCAACAAUUUUUUUAAAAAAGGGAUGGUAAAAUGAAACCCGUUUCAUAUCACUAUUUAUGAAUUGAACAAAUAAGGUGACCUGAUCAAAGCUGAAUAUUGUUACUAUUACCGUGUAUUUGAAAUUGUCAUUGGCAUCUUCAUUUGUAAUAACUUACUUAUCAAUUUACUCAACAGAUGCAAUAGAUAAUCAUAGAUCUUUGAGUGAUAAACAUGGAUCAGCUGGAAAACGGGAUCUACUAUCUGAAGAUGACAUUAAGACAG